GCAACAAUUUUAUGUAACUAUUAAAAAUGAAGACCCUUCCACUUCAAUAAAUAGCGAGCGAUCCCAUUUUAAUGCCAGUAAUGGCUGGUUACGAAACUUCCUGAAAAGAAAUUCACUAAACAAUGCAAAGUUACAGGAGAAGGAGCCUCAGCUGAUAAACAUGCGGCACGAGCAUUUCCUAAAGAGUUCUUAGAAGCAAUAACGUUGGGAGGUUAUAAGGCUCACCAAGUAUCCAAUGCGGAUGAGACGGCUCUCUUUUGGAAAAAACUGCCUAGGCGGGCUUAUUUGGCAAAGCAAGCUCAAGCAGCUCAUGACUUCGGGUCUUUGACCAAAUAUCCUCUGGGUAGAACAUCCGUUUGAAGGCGAAACAUCCCCUGUAUAGUGUUGUGCGCUGGAGUUGGGUUCCGCCACGUAAAAAAAACACCCCCAACGAAACCCAACAGCCUCGGAUGAGACACCCCCCUUUUGAUGACGACCAUGGCUAACGAAAUAAGGACUACGAAUUGAGGGCAUGCACAUCGAAUGUCCGGUUUCUUAAUUGCGAAGGUGCCGCUGUCCAGCUGGUUGAUGUCCUCGUAAAAAUAAAGGCUGACAUCACCGCCGUCCAAGAGAUGCAAUGGACGGGAUAAGGACAGAGACGAGUAGGUCCUUGUGGCAUUUACUACAGUGGCCAUAUAAAGGAGCCUAAGUUUGGUGUGGGAUUCGUGGUGGAAGAGAGACUCCGUCGCUGAGUACUAUCAUUCACUCCGUGAAUAAACGUCUAGCCACAAUCCGCAUCAAAGCGGGAUUCUGCAACAUAUCGCUGAUUAGUGCCCACGCCCCGACGGAAGAGAAGGACGAUGUGACCAAAGAUGCCUUUCAUGAGUGCUUAGAGCGCACUUACGAGAGAUGCCCCCGCCACGAUGUCAAAAUCGUGCUUGGCGACUUCAACGCCAGGAUGGGAAAAGAAGGUAUCUUUGGCACUACGGUCGGUAAAUUCAGCCUCCACGAGGAAACAUCCCCAAAUGGGUUGAGGCUGAUCGACUUCGCCGGGGCCCGAAAUAUGGUUAUCUGUAAUACUAGAUUCCAGCAUAAGAAGAUACAUCAAGCUACCUGGCUGUCUCAGGAUUGAAAAACCACCAACCAGAUCGAUCAUGUUGUGAUAGACGGAAGAUAUGUCUCCAGUGUUUUAGAUGUGCGUGCGCUCCGAGGACCUAACAUCGACUCGGACCACUAUAUUGUUGCAGCCAAAAUUCGCACCCGCCUCUGUGCAGCAAAAAACGCACGCCAACAAACAAAAGGAAGGUUUGACGUCGAGAAGCUGCAAUCACAACAGACAGCCGAACGAUUUUCUACUCGGCUUGCACUCCUGCUCUCUGAGAGCACUCGUCAACAACUCGGUAUAAAGCAACUGUGGGACGGCAUUUCAAACUCCUUACGUACAGCUGCAACCGAAACCAUUGGUUUUCGGAGAGUGCAAAAGAACAGCAGGUGCGCCGAGGAGUGCCAUGUCGCAGCGGAGAGAAAACAGGCUGCCUACCUCGCAACGUUACGAUCGACGACAACACGUGCGGGAUGGGAUAGAUACCGAAAGUUGAAGAGGGAAACGAGACGCAUCUGUAGACAGAAAAAGAAAGUGGCCGAAAUGGGUGAAUACGAAGAGCUUGAUAAGCUGGCCGACAGGGGUAAUGCUCGAAAAUUCUACGAAAAGAUGCGGCGGCUUACAGAAGGUUUCAAGACCGGAGCAUACUCUUGUAGAAUCCCCAAAUGUGAUCUAGCCACCGAUGCCCAGAGCAUACUUAGAUUAUGGGGGGACACUUCUCCAGCCUGCUGAAUGGCAGUGAACGCACAACGCCAGGAGAAAGCGAACCCGAUUCCCCAAUCGAUGACGAUGGAGCAGACGUUCCAUUGCCCGACCAUGAAGAAGUUCGAAUAGCAAUUGCCCGCCUGAAAAACAACAAAACGGCAGGGUCCGAUGGAUUGCCGGCCGAGCUAUUCAAACACGGCGGCGAAGAACUGAUAAGGAACAUGCAUCAGCUUCUUUGUAAAAUAUGGUCGGAUGAAAGCAUGCCCAACGAUUGGAAUUUAAGUGUGUAAUGCCCGAUCCAUAAAAAAGGAGACCCCACAAUAUGCACCAACUACCGUGGGAUUAGCCUCCUCAACAUCGCAUAUAAGGUUCUGGCGUAUUGUGUGAAAGAUUAAAGCCCACCAUGCGCCAAGUCUUGUAAAAUACCCGUGAAAGGAGAAUCGACACACACCACCUCUUCGUCGAUUUCUAAGCUGCGAAAAAAUUUUUUGUUUGAAAAAAAAAGUAAACAUUUUUUUUUGUUUUUGCCUUUUCUUUAGCUUGCUUAUUUAAGGCAAUCCGGCUUAUUGCUUGAUCAAGCAUAAGGGGUAUCGCCGGACGCUUGUGCAAGUAAAAUACUUAAUUUUUGUUUUUUGGGAUAUUUUGUGUUUUGAUACACGAAGAUAAGCAGUAAUUGCACAAACAGACAAAAACGUAGACCCAUGGCCCGUGUCAGCUGAUGCGACCUAUCUUAUGGGCGCGCAAUGUACUAAGUGAACAACGAAAAACGCUACUCCCUUCUCUCUUUGCCGUAGGAAUUCACGGAAUUUGGAUUUUUGCCGUAGAAACGUGUCAGCUAACGCUCUCUCACAACGCAGGCUUGCCAAUCUCGAUAUACUGUAAUAAUCAUAAAUCAUAAAGAAUAUGUUUGAAAUUUUCUUAAAGUAACUAAAAAUCAGAGUCGAAUGCUAUUAUUUAUAAAUAUAUAAACUAUUUUAAAUAGUUUGUUUUCAGUUUUUAUAUUUUGUAUUACAAAAAUUGUAAUUGAAUACAUAAAUGUGUACAAAACUAUAUAUGCGUAUUGAGCAAUGGCAACAUUGUUCAAAUGAAAACAAACAAAGAUGGCUCAUUUCUGCGUUUUUACCAUGGGCUCAACUUUGAACACAUUUUGCUCGCUAAGGAAGGCAAAGGAAGGAAGGGAGUAGCGUUUUUGGCUGUUUCUGCUAUAAAUGGCAAUAUCAUCGGCAUACGCCAGCAGUUGUACACUCUUAUAGAAGAUGGUACCUUCUCUAUUUAGUUCUGCAGCUCGAACUAUUUUCUCCAGAAGCAGGUUGAAAAAGUCGCACGAUUGGGAAUCGCCUUGUCUGAAACCUCGUUUGGUAUCGAACAGCUCGGAGAGGUCCUUCCCGAUUUUGACGAAGCUUUUACUAUUGCUUAUGUUUUUGUCCAAGCAAAACACACCAAACGAAGUCGUUCAACAAACCUUUGCUGAACUGGAAUGUAAUUAUACAAAUAAUGGCUGGAAGCUAUUGUUUACGGAUGGCUCCAAGUCCAUCGAUUCCAUUUCGUUAGCAGUUGUCACUGUCACAGGAGAAAUUAUUUGCAAUUGGCUUCUCCCCUCAACGAGCUCUGUAUUUACCGCUGAAGGAUCUGCUAUCAUUCAUGCAGUUAAUCACGCAAAAAAGACUAAAGGAAAGUUCCUCAUCUGUACAGACAGCAAAUCGUGUAUGUCUGCAAUAACAUCUCCUUCCAAACGCAAUCCCAUAAUAGAAGUUAUCAGGGACGCGGUCAUUGGUGCCCCUCAGAAAAUCCAAGUAAUGUGGAUCCCUGGCCAUGCUGGUAUUUCAGGCAACCACUUUGCAGACCUCGCUGCGAAAAAUGUAGCCAGGACUCUUGCCUUAACAUACUAUGCCUCAUCCAAGCAAGACAUUUCUAAUCUUAUUAAGCAUAAAAGGCAUCAAAAAAACGCAAGCGAAUGGAAAACAUUUAAACAUCACUACGCGGACAUAAACCCAGCCAGAAAUCGAAUAAUCUACUCGUCAACAGUUCCAACUAGCGCAAUGAAGACAUAUACUCCAUUAAGGAUUGGACACACUAUCAUAACACACGCCCACUUACUAUCGGGUAAAAGCCCAUCCAUUUGCCCCCUUUGCGAUGACACCGCUUCUAUCAAACACUUACUCACACUCUGUCCGAUGCUUCACUCAACAGCCCACAACUCUGGCAACAUUGAUCUCAUAAAACUACUAAUAGCGGCCAUACACAGGCACACAUGUGCGUUCGAUCGGUAUGUGUUAGCAUGCGGUUUACUCGUGUAUGGGCUUGUUCGCGUACCGAUCCAUGUUCGCGAAAAUGUUUGAUUCUUUACGAUCGGUGCGCGAGCAUGUUUAUCGUGUAUGGCGUUGUGAGCGCACAAAAUCUCAUUUCUCUCGUGUCGCCGAGCAGUGAAGAUCGCGGACAAUUGCAAGUGUUAAGGGGAGAGACUGCUUUAGAAGCUUCAAAAAAUCGAUUUUUUUUGAGAAUUUUUUUGGGAGGGAAAGAAAUAAUUGAUUCAAGCGAAAUUUCUAGGCUUUAUAGUCAUAUAUUUGAACAUCUUUCACAAAUUUUUUGAAUACGAAAUCUUUGAUAUUCUGCCUUUAGGAAGCAAUUACAUUAAUGCAUCUCCCAUAUGCAUUUAUCAGGAACAAAAAAUUCAAAGAGAUUCAUGUUUUUUAAUAACUUAUCUUCUAGUUAAACUAAGAAAAUUCCAAAAAAAAUUUACUUUAUUUUGUUUAAAAGUAUGUUCAAACUUGACUUUUCCUAGUUUUGUUUUUAGUUUAAAUAGAAGAUAAUUUUAUGCCAAAGAUAAUAAACUUUGCCCAAUUCCAACUUUGCCCGCCAAUAAAAAAAAACCGAGAAAUCGCGCUUUUCGCUUUUUGCCCAAGCGCUCAUAUACUUGUAUGUACAUAUCUGUCUGACGCUCGGACACUAUUUCCCUUCUAGCUUGGACAAUAUUUCGAGUUCCAAUCUAUAACUUUGUUUGUUGUUAGAUAAUUUUUAAAGAGAUUUAAGCGAUUGUUUGAAGCUUCUAAAGCAUGCUCUCCCCUUAAUAAAGAUUUCGUAUCUGAAUUUAUUGAUCUUAUAAAAAAAUUAAUUGGCAAUUUGGCAUACGAAAAGUUUUAAAUAUAAAAAUAAAAUUGAGAAAAAUAAAAGUUGGAAUAACUUAUUAAUGAAAUACAAAGAAAGAAAUAGAUAAAAGUGCUGCAUUAUGCCGGAAUUACAUGUGCAGAUAUUCUGCAUGCAGAUCUGCACUAUUUUUUCCAGCCAAAACACAUGUGCAGUAAAUUUUGACAAUCAGUUGAUUGCACGUAGGGUCCGCCAACGGGCCUUUAGCUUCUCACCUAAAAUCAUUCAAAACAUGAAUAAAUAUAUAUUUUGUCAGGUUAUAAAAAUAAAAAUUUACCUGGAAUAUUCAAUUUCUCAGAUUGCUCCUGAAAUUUGGCGUCUCUCAGGUAGCUAUUUUUAUAAUUUCUAUGACUUUUGUCAUAUAAGAACCUGUUUUCUCUUACAAACUCAAUCAGUUUUUCUUCCAUUUUUUAUUUCUUUUGUUAAUUUUUACUUAACAGCUGAGCGCAAUUUAAAAUGUUGCCGGACUAUGCUCAAAAAUUAAUUAUUUGAAUGUUGUCAGCACUGCCUCUGCGCAGAGAAAUUCAAAUAUCACAUGCCGUGCAGAUCUGCAUUGAGGUGCAGAAUUUGAACUGUCAAAUCAGUACAAAUUUUUUUUCUGCACGCAGAAUUUUGCACAUGUAAUUGCGGCAUUAGAAAUAAAUUCGAAGAAAUGUUCCGCUUGCCUGUCGCACAUGUUAACUAUGUGAAGAACGAACGCAAAAUGGAUUUGUGUGUCGUGUAUGGGCAAACGAAUUCACACAGAUCGAACGCACAAGUAUGCCCGUGUAUGUCCUCUUUUAGUGAACCUUCAGAAAAAAACGUUAUGAUUGUUUAUAGAUUCUUAAAAACCAACGAUUUGUUAAAACAUAUUUAAGCAACUUACAUCUUUACUAACGCUUAGCAAAUAGAACUUUUUACCCAGUUAUAAUUACAAGGCGGCUGAAGGCCUCGUAGCCAGUGCUGCGUUUAAGUAUUUAUAUAAUAAAACUCCUUUUGUUAUAUGAAUUAUUAUAAAUAAAUAAAUAAAAAAAUAUGUGUAUGUGUGUAUGUUUUUAUGUAUUGCAGCAUAUUUUUAUUGCUGCUUGACAUGGGAUUGAUUUCAAGUGUACAAUUUAUUGCAUGUGUGUGUGUGUUUAAUGUUAUCUCUGCUGUAUAUUUAUGAUUAUGCAUUAAUUUUUAUUAUUAUUACUCGUAGAUGUGCAUUGCAUGUAAAUGCAUUAUGUAUAUACAUAUGUAUGUAUGUAUGUAAGUAUAUUACUAAAAAAAUAGAUAUUUAUAUUUAGUAGAAUUUCGGCUUUGCUGAUAAGUAAGCAUGUUCAAUGAUAUUUGAACAGAACCUUAUACGUAAUGUUGAGCAGGCUUAUCCCACGGUAGUUGGAGCAGAUUGUGGGGUCUCCCUUUUUGUGGAUAGGGCAUAGCACACUUAAAAUCCAAUCGUUGGGCAUGCUUUCAUCCGACCAUAUUUUGCUCCUGACCAGUUCUUCGCCGCCGUGUUUGAAUAGCUCGGUCGGCAAUCCAUCGACCCCCGCCGCUUUGUUGUUCUUCAGGCGGGUAGUUGCUAUUCGAAGUUCUUCAUGGUCGGGCAAUGGAACGUGUGCUCCAUCGUAAUCGAAUGUGAAAUCGGGUUCGCCUUCUCCUGGUGAUGUGCGUUCACUGCCAUUCAGCAGGCUGGAGAAGUGUUCCCUCCAUAAUUUGAGUAUGCUCUGGGCAUCGGUUACUGGAUCACCUACUUGGGUUCUACAAGAGUAUGCUCCGAUCUUAAAACCCUCUGUUGGUCGCCGCAUUUUUUCAUAGAAUUUUCGAGUAUUACACUUGUCGGCCAGCUUGACAAGAUCUUCAUACUCACGCAUUUCGAGAUCUCUGUUUUCCUAUCUGCAAAUGCUUCUCGCUUUCCUCUUCAAUUCUCGGUAUCUGUCCCAUUGUGGUCGCUCGCAACGUUGUGAGGUAGGCAGUCUAUUUUCUCUCCGCUGCGACGGCAUUCCUCGUUGUACCAGCUGUUCUUUUGCAUUUUCCGGAAACCAAUGGUUUCCGUUGCGGACCUCGAAACAGAGUUCGCAAAUACUCAUCACUGAGAAGUAAAAUUUCUAUCUUCCUCCUCAGUACAACACAAUUGAGGAGCAAUAAAUUUUGAUUUCCUCAAUUGUGAGUUCAAAGGAAAGAGUGCUCUUCUAGAAUAUUUCUCUUUAAUACUUAUCUUAUCUUUUCGCUCUAAUAUUUACCGCAAACGUACGUGCUCCUCAAAAUAAUACUCCUCACAAGAGCGCUAAGUUUCUUUUUCUCAUCUCAGGUUUCAGCACUCAGUAUUUUGUAUCGCUGAUAAACUCAGUGAUGCAGCAGAGAGUGCUCUUGAGCAAUUUCUUAUUCUCUUAGAGUAUGUAUAUUUAUAAAUUUAUGUUAAAGUUUAAUUGUUGUUGGUGUAAAUAUUAACAGUUUUGGGUACAUGCAUGAUUAACCGUUAAUUUAAGUUGUAUUGUGUGUAUGUAAAUAAUUUAAAAGAUGAGUUUUAUUUUUCGCAUCACUUGAACACUCAGAGCGAUAAAAAUAAAGAUGAUGCGUUAGGCAAAUAGUUAUCUUUUAAAAAUGCUCGCUCAUGCUAAUAUAUGAGUGAGCCAAAUACGUGAGGAGUUUUUUUGUGAUGAGAAUGUUAGUUAAGCUUGCGCUCCUGAGUAUUUGAAAUGAUGUCCUCUUGCGGAAUAUUACUCAUCAGAGCAAGAGCGUAUUUUGAUGGUUUUACGAACUCUGCCUCGAAAUGCUGUCCCACAAUUCCUUUAUACCGAGUGGUUGACGAAUGCUAUCAGAGAACAGGAGUGCAAGCCGAGUAGAAAAUCGUUCGGCUAUCUGUUGUGAUUGCAGCUUCUCGACGUCGAAUCUUCCUUUGUUGACGUGCGUUUUUUGCAGCACAGAGGCGGGUGCAAAUGUUGGCUGCAAAAAGAUAGUCCGAUUCGAGGUUAGGUGCUCGGAGCGUCUAGAACACUGGAGACGUAUCUUCCGUCUAUCACAACGUGAUCGAUCUGAUUCGUGGCUUUUCGAUCCGGAGACAACCAGGUAGCUUGAUGAAUUUUCUUAUGCUGGAAUCUAGUACUAAAGAUAACCAUAUUUCAGGCCCCGGCGAAGUCGAUCAGCCUCAAUCCAUUUGGGGAUGUUUCCUCGUGGAGGCUGAAUUUUCCGACUGUUGCGCCAAAAAGACUUUCCUUGCCCACCCUGGCGUUAAAGUUAAGUUUUGACAUCGUGGCGGGGGCAGUUGUUAUAGGGGCGCUGCAAGCGCUCGUAGAAGGCAUCUUUGGUCACAUCAUUUUUCUCUUCUGUUGGGGCGUGGGCGCAAGUCAGCGAUAUGUUGAAGAACCUUACUUUGAUGCGGAUUGCUGCUAGACGUUCAUUCUCCGGAGUGAAUGAUAGUACUCGGCGACGGAGUCUGCCUCCUACCACGAAUCCCAUACCAAACGUUCGCUCCUUUAUAUGACCACUUUAGUAAAUGUCACAGAGACCUACUCGCCUCAGUCCUUGUCACGUCCAUCGCAUUUCUUGGACGGCGGGGAUGUCAGAAUUCAAUCUGACGAGGACAGCAACCAGCUGGGCAGCGCCACUUUCCCAAUUAAGGGACCGAACAUUCCAAAUGCAUGCCUUUAAGUAAUUAUCCUUAAUUCCAUGGUCGUCGUCAAAAGGAGGGUCUCUCAUUCGAAGCUGUUAGAAAUUUUUCAUUGGGGGCUUUUUUUCCGUGGCGGAACCCAAACUCAGCGCACAUCCCUUGUGUUUUUGGUCUAUCUAUUUCAAAAGAUGUGUAUUUGACAUUAGGACUUGUAAAAUAAGUACUUAUAAAGCCUUAAUUUAUAGAUUUUCAGACAUUUUGCUCCUUUGGUGGUGAUCCCACUUUUACACAAACCUAGUGUUCACCCUUGCACAAGCCGCUUUCUAAUAUUACAUACAAUGCAUACCCCACCAGCCCUUUCCCUCAUCAACACACCUAUUCCACGAUGUUUGACCGAAACUGGCGAAUUUUCUUUGUUGAGCGCUGUACUCCAUCUUCUCCACGAGAUUACCUAAGAGCUUAGUCUUGCCAAACACUAAAACUUUGUUUCAAAGCUCUGGUGACAUAUUUAAAUAAUUAUUUGUGAAAGAGAUAUAUUUUUGACGAUUACCCACACUGAUAUGUGGUUUUUUAAGUUGUAAGUUUUUUCUCAAUCUCAAUCUUCUAUCUGUUUUUCGUUCGUCAUGAUUAAAUGACCGUCGCAUACCAACAAAAUGCCUUGUGGAGUGAUUUUUCGGUUAUACGAUACGGUUUGACAAUUAAGUAAUAAGACUGAUUUUAAUGCCGCGCUUGUGAUAAGCCUGUGACCUUGAAAUUCCUUUUUCCGGCAUUCCUUCCCUCUUAAUUGAUAUAUGUACCAUCGCUCUAGCUUGUUUAGUUCGCCUGCUGCGUCAAGUUGAGUAGACGUGUGUUUGUAGUGCUAGUCACGGAAAUGGAAAACCGAAAUCAAGAACAACGUGUCGCGUCACUGUUUGGAACAAGUGAAAAACGAUCCCACGCUGCUUAAUCGAGUUAUUUCUGGCGAUGAGAGCUGGUUUUUAUACUACCACCCGGAAACUAAACGCCAAAGCUCACAAUGGCUGUCUCUGCACGCCUCUCGCCCGAAAAAACUCACAUGAGCAAGUCGAAGAUGAAAACGAUGAUUAUAGCCUUUUUGGAAUCGUCCACAAAGAGUGCGUUCCACCGGGGAAAACUGUGAAUCAAGUCUGCUAAUGCCAAGUACUCAAAAGAUUGCGAAAACGAGUCAACAGGGUGCGCCCAGACAUCGCUCGUAACUGGAUCUUUCAUCACGACAACGCGCCGUGCCACACCGCCUUCCCAGUACUUGGCCUCUAAAGGGAUCGCCGUGUUAGAACAGCCGCCUUAUUCGCCCGACAUGUCAUCCUGUGACUUUUUUUUUGUUUCCUGGAACAAAAUCGGUGGUCAAGGGAACCCAUUUUGAGUCGAUUACGGACGUCUACGCGGCCGUGACGAGGGUACUCGCGGAUAUCCCAGUCGAAGCGUUCCAGAAAUGUUCGAAGCAUGGAAAACGCGCUGGAAUCGCUGUAUAGCUGCCCAAGGGGACUACUUUGAAGGGGAUGGCAGAGUUGUAGAAUAAUUUUCAAAUAUACGGUUUUUAUGGAAUCAGUCUCAUUACUUAAUUGUCAUACCUCGUAUAUGGCACCCACAAGGCAUUUUGUUGGUAUGUGACGGUCAUUUUAUCAAACGAACAAGCGAAAAUGAGUAGUAUAUUUUACAUGCCAAAUCAUGCGGUAAUAAAGCCAGAUAAAAAACAACUAAAGUAAGAAAUGUCUUCAACGCCUCAAGAUCUGUCUCGUGGAUCCUUUUAAUAGUCCACUACGCGACUAUAAGCUAAACACUGUGACCUUUGGCGUUAACUAUGCCUCAUACUUAGCCAUUUGAACACUCCAUGAAUUGGCUGAAAACACCAAGUCAGAAUUUCCUUUGGCAACCAAGGUGUUAAAAACAAAAGCAUACCAAACGAAAAUUUGUUGGACACUAAUAUCUCUAUAUUCCAAAAGGAAAGUCUAACAAAAACUCUGGCCAUCCAAUGGAAUGCGAUAUGAAUAUGCUAUUAAUUAAAUGCCAAUGUUAUCGUCUGUGGCAAAACUUUUUGACCGCGCAAGAUUGCUUUCGCCAAUUAUGAUACAAGCCAAAAUCUACAUUCAAGAAUUAUGGCUGGAUGAGACUGACUGGGACGAACAAGUAAAAUCACUUCGUUUAGAAAAGUGGUCCCACUUCACGAGCAAUCAAAACUAUUAGGCUGUUCACGGUAAGGUGGUUGUCGGGUUAUGUGAUUAUUAGAUUAAAAAUAACCUCUAUGAUCCGUGAGCACCCUAUGUUGUAUGGUUAUUUGCUUAUUUUUACACAAACAGCUGUUCAUUGUUUACAAUUUUAGUUCAAUGAAAUUCCAACUUAUAAAAUGCCUAAACAAAGUUUAAAAAGCAAAAUAAUCGAAUUUAAAAUAAGUUCUGCUAUUCAGGAAAUGGACUUUAUUGAAGGUAUGUGCUUAUUAAAUAAUCCGAAUUUUAAGGGUUCAAAAAAUUCUUUGAUUGCAAACAAAAAACAGCUGUUAAUAGCAGAUUUUCCAAUAAGAAAAUCUAAAUGGAAAUGCCAUUCGCUUAGUUUUAUUUAUUUUUUGUGCUGCCAUUUAGUAAAAUUCCAACGACUUUCUAACACUGGAAAUAAGCAAACAACCACAUAAUCUGUAAACAAGGGCCUAGGUUGGUCAACUUUGGUUAUUUUGUCAUAACGCAUUUUGUUGUUGUUUACUUAAUCACAUAACCACAUAACCCGAUAACCACCUUAUCGUGAACAGCCUAACUGUAGUGUUGAAUUCUUCCUCGCGUUUAAGCGCUUUUUUUAAUUUACGUAUUGCAAAUUGCAGUUGAAGCUGAGUGAAAGGGGAGCGAUAUGUCUGCCAUUCUCGUCUUGUACACUUUUUUCAUUUACAACCCUUUCUAUUUCACUAUUACUGAUUUUUCUGAAACCAAGCGGCUUAUAGCUUUUGUUUGGAAAUAAGAAAACAAUAAAAACACUUUGUAACACCAGUUACAUACAGCCACAAUCAAUAAUAAUGGUACUGUUAAUCACUUUACACAAAUUUUUCAUUUAAACUAAAUGUUAUAACAUACAUUUUCAAAUAACAUGAAGACCAAUAGCUUUUUCUUAUUGAGAUGCACUCUCUAAUAUGUGACUCGUUUGUUCCUACUUAUCCCUUUUUUGGUAUAGCGCGCUGUAUUUCACACUGAUACUCGCCCAAAUCUAACAGCAUAUAUCGAAUUGUUGCAGGAUCCUCGAUUUUUUACUAAUACCAUGUUCAGACCGAAAAUUCAAAAGAUUAGAUUACAUUUAAUCAUUUCAUAACCCAACAGUGUUCUCACUGCCGUUAGAAAGAUCAAAAAACAGCUGUUAUUGUCAUUCAUGAAGUCACAUCGCUUAAUAUUUAUCAAAAGAAAAGAUUGUCAUAUAGUAGUUUGAAAUAAAAGCCGUCUUUUUUCAAAUGUUUUCCAUAUAAUAGAAAUAGUGAAUGCAUUUUUUCAUUUGUUAAGUCGAUUUUCAGGUGAAAUUAGAUUCAUUGCUAUAAAAUAAAUUUGUUUGUUUACAUUUUUUUCCCUUUGUAGUGUCUAAAUCAGCUGUGAUAAUGUAACAGUUUUCCAGUGCUGACUAGUAUUUUUCCAGUGCUGGCAAGUAGAUUGCGCAAAAUCAGAGUCGCACGGACAGAUUUAGCGUGGAUCAGUUUCAAAUCAUUUCAAUGAAAUGAUUUGGAACUGUCAUUUUUGUAUGGCGAAAUCUUGAUAAAUUUUUAAGAUUAGUGGGAUAAUCCAUUCAACGGCCGAAAUCGUGUGAUUAAGUGUCGGUCUGAACAUAGUAUAAGACUAUUAACUGCAUCUUUAAGAUUUUUCGUAUUGAACUAGCCUGUGAAUCGUUUAUUAUUGGUGGCAGAUGUAAGUUGAUCGCAUUAACACAAUAACGGCUAAUGCAAGUUGUAAGAUUAACCGAGAAAAUACAUAUGUGUGUUUGCAUAAAAUUUCAAUAAUUCUUCCAAUUACUUGGCUUUUCUUGUUCUGAAAAGAUUGUAAUUAUAAAUAAUAACAUAUAGUAUACUUAAGAGAGUAUUCUGCAAUACAUAUUUUGAGAAUACGAGAUAAAUUUAUUGUAAUUUAUAAAUACCCAAUUAUUAAUAAACAACGUAAAAGACAUAAAGUUACAUCACUAUCAUACAAGCAUGGCCAGUAAGGAUUAAGACAUUUUAUCAGCAUGUAAAGGUUCGUAUAUAAAUAAAAUAAAUAAAAAAUUUGAAAAAAUAAUUUAAGUAAAUACAUUUUUAAACAAAUCAAAGGAGAUAAUUGUACCAUACCUAUACUCUUAAAACAGAUUGCCCAAUGUAAUAUCAUUCCAGAAGGUACUCCAACUAUAAUACAUUUAGACAUUGGAAAUGUUUUAAUUGAUAGAAAACGUCAAGUAAAUAACGAAAAGUACUAACUUUUAAUGAAGCAGUAUACAUAGAUUCAAAUAGCUAUCAUAAUCAAGAUGAAGAAGGAAAAAACCAUAUAGAAGUAAAAGGAUACGAAAGAAUCGAUAUCCUUCAAAUAUUAAAAU